CUCUCGACAAUGGGUUUCCAAAAUUUGUGGUUCUCUCACCCACGCAAGUUCGGACCAGGAUCCCGCUCCUGCCGCGUCUGCGCUGGACACCACGGACUUAUCCGCAAGUACGGCCUCGAUCUCUGCCGUAGAUGCUUCCGCGAGCAAGCCAGAGACAUCGGAUUCAAGAAGCUUGAUUGAGCAACCAGCGUCCACGUCUGCAACCGCCUCGUCAAAUCUUGUUAUUGUUAACUUCAUGUCUUCAAUCAAUAAAUUGUUGGCAUAA